AUGACUUCUGCUGGAUCUCUCCAGCAGCCGAUCUUGUUCGGGGAGAUUCGUAGGGGACCGAUCGAUCAAGGCUUCUCGGGCAAUCAGAAAUGGACCACGACAAGACAGGUUGCCAAAGCCCACCCGAAGGAGCAGGGAGCUAAGUUUGCGUCUGCAGUGUCUGGAACAUCAUCAUCCAGCAACAUGAUUAAGGAAACCAUUACUGCUGCGUUCGUCGAUGUUGAAACCAAGUCCGUUGAGCCGGUGGCUGUCUCUGUACAGCCAUCCUCUGUCCAAGCCAUUCCAGAGGUAGUAGCACCAGAAGAAGCUGCAGCAAAACCAAAGGAAGGACCAAGCCGAUGUACCACUUGCAAUAAACGAGUUGGCCUGACUGGAUUCAAAUGCCGCUGUGGCAACCUCUUCUGCGGGACACACCGCUACGCAGACAUACACGACUGCUCCUUCAAUUACCAUGCUGCUGCGCAAGAAGCAAUAGCUAAAGCAAACCCGGUUGUGAAGGCAGAGAAGCUUGACAAAAUCUGA